GUUGUCGAUUAUCCGGUCACGAAAUGCCCUCUUCUGUAGAAGCAAUUCGCAGUUACGUCAACGGAAAGAAAUACAACAAGUUGCGACAUGAAGCCCAGUACGAUAACAGUGAUCUCUCACAACAUAUUGUCCCAAACACAAAGCGAGGUUUAGAACACUUGUUAUUCUGCAAACUUACUUUACGACACAUCAACAACUCUCCAGCUGAUAUCGACGUCCAUAUCAGAGGUCGGAGGUUCCAGAGGGCAUUGGCCAGAUGGGAAAACUGUCAGAAGACUGGCGAGACAUUUAAACCUCUAGCUAGCCUAAAACAGAAGGGUCCAGCAACGUCUUGGGAUAGGCCACAAAAGAAAGGUGCUAAGGGGAGUAACUCUGACAGCGAACAGGAGGAUGAUGACAACCAAUCAGACCUAAGUGAUCUCUAUCCAGAUGCAGAUUUUGCAAUGUCUGAAGAUGAAGAAGGAAGUGAAUUUGAGGAUGAGAAAGGUGAUGAUGUAAGGCAUGAUAAUGAGGAUGGCAGAGUGAUAAUGGAUGUAGAGUCAGAUUCUGGCUCUGAGUUCGGGGACUUGGACUUGGUGGAGUCAACUAUGGAUGCCGACUAUGAGCCGGGUAGUAGUAAAAACAGGACUGUGACAAAUUCAGACAACACUGAUAUCACAAAGAUUUCAGAUUUUAAGAACAAUGACAAGUCUAAAUCAGCAGCCAGAAAGAGGUCAUCAAAAGCUUUGAAGGUGAGAUUACUAACACGCUAAUAAUACAAAAAAAGACAAAGAGUAAGUCUCCUAUUUAUCAGGCAACUUAAGGCUUAAGGUAUAAAUUUAAAAUGCUUUAAAAGCCAAACUCAGAACUGGAAAAUUCAAAUCAUGGUCAGAACAUUUUUCUGUAGCAAAGAAUCAGUC